AUGGCCGUGCCUCGCUCGACCUCCCUGCGCGCCCUGCGCCAGCUCUCCCACCAGCCUACUGCUGCCCCCGCCCGUCGCGGCUUACACAUCACCGGCGUUCAGUCUGCGCAACCCGCCAAUCCCGCCGACAAGGCCUCAAUGUAUGCCGCUCGCACCCUGCCAGACCUGAAGCAGGAAUGCCAACGACGCUCCCUCCGUGCUGCUGGCAGCAAAUCUGAGCUGAUCGAGCGUCUCUCCAACCACGACGUCUUGCAGAGCCGGGCCUUCAGCAUUGCCAUGCGCCGUAUCAACAGCAAUGCCUUCGCUGACCAAUCAACCCGCUCCUUCAACACCUCCCGCUCCCAAAAAGCCAUCGGUGACUCCUCCACCGUCGACUUCAUCUACAUGCCCCAAAUGUCCAGCCUCGAUGCGCCGCCUACCCGCCCCUCCGGCCCCCGGGUCCCGAUCCUCCCCGACAUGACCUCGCACCACGACACCCCGUCCCCAUCCGCCCCACUCAUGAAGCCCCAGAUCUACACGGUUUCCGGCGGUGACAUCAGCGCUGCGUCAGCCAUGAGCGAGGUCGUCGACAACCACGCCGUGGACAUCGACCCAUUCUCGCUGACCGAGGCUGUGGGGCGGAGCCGGAUUGGUGAGGAGUUGGCAAAGCAGAAUGGGGCCGGGAAGGAGCCUGGUGUUGUCAAGGAGCUUUGGGCGGGCUUUUUGGAUGAUGUGCUCGGCCCGAAGGAUUCUGCAGUCAGGAAGUAG